UCUAGCAGCCGGGGCCCAGCAUGGUCAUGGCGGAUGGCCCGAGGCACUUGCAGCGCGGGCCGGUCCGGGUGGGGUUCUACGACAUCGAGGGCACGUUGGGCAAGGGCAACUUUGCGGUGGUGAAGCUGGGGCGGCACCGGAUCACCAAGACGGAGGUGGCAAUAAAAAUAAUAGAUAAAUCUCAGCUGGAUGCUGUAAAUCUGGAGAAAAUCUACCGAGAAGUCCAAAUAAUGAAAAUGCUAGACCAUCCUCAUAUAAUCAGACUUUAUCAGGUAAUGGAGACCAAGAGUAUGUUAUACCUUGUGACAGAAUAUGCUAAAAAUGGAGAAAUUUUUGACUAUCUUGCUAAUCAUGGCCGGCUAAAUGAGUCUGAAGCCAGGCGAAAAUUCUGGCAAAUCCUAUCUGCUGUUGAUUAUUGUCAUGGUCGGAAGAUUGUGCACCGUGACCUCAAGGCUGAAAAUCUCCUGCUGGAUAACAAUAUGAAUAUCAAAAUAGCAGAUUUCGGUUUUGGAAAUUUCUUUAAAAGUGGUGAACUGCUGGCAACAUGGUGUGGCAGCCCGCCGUAUGCAGCCCCAGAAGUCUUUGAAGGGCAGCAGUAUGAAGGACCACAGCUGGAUAUUUGGAGCAUGGGGGUUGUGCUUUAUGUCCUUGUCUGUGGAGCUCUCCCUUUUGAUGGACCAACUCUUCCAAUUUUGAGGCAGAGGGUUUUGGAAGGACGAUUCCGGAUUCCAUAUUUCAUGUCAGAAGAUUGUGAGCACCUUAUUCGAAGGAUGUUGGUCCUUGACCCAUCCAAACGGCUAACCAUAGCUCAAAUCAAGGAACAUAAGUGGAUGGUCAUAGAAGUUCCUGUACAAAGACCGAUUCUUUACCCACAAGAGCAAGAAAAUGAACCGUCCAUUGGAGAAUUUAAUGAACAGGUUCUUCGAUUGAUGCACAGCCUUGGAAUAGAUCAACAGAAGACCAUUGAGUCUUUGCAGAACAAGAGCUACAACCAUUUUGCUGCCAUUUAUUUUUUGUUGGUGGAACGUCUGAAGUCACAUAGGAGCAGUUUUCCUGUGGAACAGAGACUUGAUGGCCGCCAGCGCAGGCCUAGUACCAUUGCUGAACAAACAGUUGCCAAGGCACAAACUGUGGGGCUCCCAGUGACCAUGCAUUCACCGAACAUGAGGUUGAUGCGAUCUACCCUACUCCCACAGGCAUCCAAUGUGGAGGCCUUUUCAUUCCCAGCAUCUGGCUGUCAGGCAGAAGCUGCGUUUAUGGAAGAAGAAUGUGUUGACACUCCAAAGGUAAAUGGCUGUCUGCUUGACCCCGUGCCACCCAUCCUGGUGAGGAAAGGGUGCCAGUCACUGCCCAGCAACAUGAUGGAGACCUCCAUUGAUGAAGGGUUGGAAACAGAAGGAGAAGCUGAGGAAGACCCCAGUCAUGCCUUUGAAACUUUCCAUGCCACACGCAGUGGACAGCGACGGCACACUCUGUCAGAAGUGACCAACCAGUUGGUUGUGUUGCCUGGGACAGGAAAAAUUUUCUCCACAAGUGACAACCCCUCCCUUGACAGUGUGGACUCUGAAUAUGAUAUGGGGUCUGCUCAGAGGGACCUGAACUUUCUGGAAGACAGCCCUUCCCUGAAGGACAUCAUGUUAACCAAUCAAUCCUCACCCCGUAUGGCAUCUCCUUUCGUGAACCUGAGACCUACCAACCCAGCCAUGCAGGCUCUGAGCACCCAGAAACGUGAAACCCAUAACCGGUCCCCAGUGAGCUUCAGAGAGGGCCGCAGGGCAUCGGAUACUUCUCUCACCCAAGGAAUUGUAGCAUUUAGACAGCAUCUUCAGAAUCUGGCUAGAACCAAAGGAAUUCUAGAAUUGAACAAAGUACAGUUGCUCUAUGAACAAAUAGGACCAGAAGCAGACCCUAAUUUGGCAUCAGCUGCUCCUCAACUCCAAGACCUCUCAAGCAGUUGCCCUCAGGAGGAAGUUCUUCAGCAGCCGGAAAGUGUCUCCCCACUCCCUGCCAACAUGCAUCCUCAGCUUUCCCAGCGGCAAAGCUUGGAAACCCAGUACCUGCAGCAUCGGCUCCAGAAGCCCAGCCUUCUGUCAAAGGCCCAAAACACUUGUCAGCUUUACUGUAAAGAAGCGCCUCGGAGCCUGGAACAGCAGCUACAAGAACACAGGCUCCAGCAGAAGCGGCUCUUCCUCCAGAAGCAGUCUCAGCUGCAGGCGUAUUUUAAUCAGAUGCAGAUAGCAGAGAGCUCCUACUCUCAGCCAAGUCAGCAGCUGGCUCUUCCCCACCAGGAGACUCCACCACCAUCCCAACAGCCCCCACCAUUCAGCCUGACCCAGCCCCUGAGCCCGGUCCUGGAGCCUUCUUCUGAGCAGAUGCAAUACAGCCCUUUCCUCAGCCAGUACCAGGAGAUGCAGCUGCAGUCCCUGCCCUCCACACCCAGCCCCCGGGCUCCAGCUCCAUUGCCCACACAGUUGCAGCAGCAGCCACCACCCCCACCACCACCUCCACCACCGCACCAGCCAGGAGCUGCUCCAGCUCCCUUACAGUUCUCCUAUCAGACUUGUGAGCUGCCAAGCACCACUUCCUCUGUGCCAGACUAUCCCACUCCCUGUCAGUAUCCCGUGGACGAAGCCCAGCAGAGCAGCCUCACAGGCACAGACUGUCCUGGGAGCUCAGGACUUCAGGAAGCCCCUUCCAGCUAUGACCCACUGGCUCUCUCUGAGCUCCCUGGACUCUUUGAUUGUGAAAUGCUAGACGCUGUGGAUCCACAACACAAUGGAUUGAAAAUGGGGGCCGCUCAUUUCAGGACUGCAGGAAUGGCACCGCUACAGAUUGGCAUAAACUCCUGCCCCCCAACAGGGCCGUGAGCUGCUUAGCCCAAGAGGAGCUAUGGCAGGACAGUUAGGCAACAGAUGAGGGACCGUGGAGAGGCUGUCGGAAGGUUGAAGGCUGCAGAGAGAAAUCAGGAAGCACUGAGCAGCAGCCAAGCCUGCUAGGCACUGAAACAGCAGUGGUGAGAGGACCAUCUCCAGGCGAAGAGCAAGACCAGCCUGCUGGAACCUCUAUCUGUUCACUGAAGCAGACAUCGCUAAGUUCUAUAACCACCUGCAUUUCCUGAGCUGGAAGCUGGUAAGAGGAGAUUGUCUGUGUUGCUGUCCCCUAACUGGUGACCCAUGAAAGCUUCCAACUUGUUUUCUUCUCACAAAUGCUAAAGUAACACUAAGAAGACAGCCCACUUUUGAUGAGGGGCAGCUUUGAAAUACUGCUAUGCUUGCCUGUCUGUUUCACAUCAGCAGUGUGGACACUACUGUAUAGUUAUCCUUAGCUUUACUGUCUUGUCAGCCAGACUCUUCUGAAGAGACUUUGGUGAGAUGAACAUUAGGUAAAAAUUUCAUUUGGCAAAACGUGCAAUAAGUGUGGUACUCUUUUAUUUUUUGCUUAUGAUCUUUUGUUAAUCCAGGGGUAUUUACUCUCUGAUUUGGGGAAAAUGAACUAGUUCUGCAAUUUCCAGUUGGGCAAGUGUGUCUCUAGUAUUUACAUGCAAUUGACAUGCUGGUCCCUGUAAAGCAAAUAGAGGGUGUUACACAACAGAAAGAGGGUGGGUUAGGGGUCCCAUUCUUAGUCUCCAGGGAGCCCUCUAAUCAGUCCCAGCCCCUCACGCUAUGCUGGUUAGGCCUACACUACCCUCCUGCCACCUUGGAAACAAAGAAGAGAAUAGUUCUCUAUGUCCACAGUCCUCCAGUACCCACCGAAGGGGAGAUAGUAGGAAUCCUCCAGAGGUCUAGAAACAGUGAGCACUGAUCUGCACAGACGCCUUCCCCUGCAUCAGAGUUUACCUCCUAGGAAAAAGGCAGGCUCAGAAGAGGGCUUAAACCAUAUCCUGAUGUCAAGAAGGUGGAACUGAAGUCAGCCUUUGCUUCUCUAAUUCCCUUCUGACUCCAGUAAGUGAGGGGGGGGGAGCUCUGCAUUGUUCUGAAGGGGAACCAGCCUGUGGAGCAUCACAUUCUUCUAUCUGCCCACCACUCCAACAACUAGGGCUCUCUGCAGCAAAGCCUCAUCACAAGCCUGACCUCUCCAGCUGCACCCAUCCCCUAGUGCCAUUAUACCUAAAGCGGGGACACUAGGAAAUCCCUUGCCCAGGUGAUAGGAUGGAGAAGAAGCCUGUGUUCUCAAUGACACGCUAGAAACUGUAGGAAUUUGAACAGCAGCAGCUCCUGUCAGUUGAUGAAGGGCCCCAGAUAUGCAGGUGGCUCAGGAUCUGGGGACCUGGUGAGUGCUACUCCCUCUCCCUUCAGCCUCUAGGCAAGCCUGCUUUCUAAACAUACUGGGAUCAGAGUUUCUCUGCUCUAAAUGACAUUUCUAAACCUGUAUCAACAGUUAUUUGAGCUCCCUGUUGGCUUAAAGAAAAUUCUUACUCCAGAUAACUUGUCACAUUCCUCCAUUAGAUACAGUAUGUAGUGUCACUUGACCACACUGGUCCCAAUGGGCACUUGCAGAGUUCCUUAGCUGGGGCUGACCUUUUCUGCAUUUGUGCCCUAAGCUAGGCUGCCUCUACUGCCUCCUCAGAAGCCACCCGAGCCACUCAGUCUCUUUGUGCCUAGACAUCACAGGUUAAAAACUAUAGAGAGCUGGUAAUAAGUUAAAGACAUUGUUUAGGUAGAUUUCUUUGAUAUUUGUUGCUUCUGGAAGUUUUCUUUUUUUUUUUUUAACAGAACUAAUCUUGAGAAUGAUUUGGGGAAACAAGGAGUAUCAACUGCCUUUUAUUCUAAACUGGACAAAAUUUUCCAAAAAUGUAUAAUCCCUUCCAAGAGAUCCUUCUGGUCCCAUGGCCCAGAGAAGUCUCUGGUCUCCCAAUACUCUCUCACAUUUAUUUUUAUCCACUUACAUGCUAGUCUAGCCAUCCUGGAUGCACCACCAACUUGUGUCCACAUUUCAUCUGGGCAGUUUCAACACACUGGGCAGAGUCGGACAGACAACUAUAUGGACUGACAAGGAGACAGCAUCACUUCCCAGGGACUUAGCUAGAGAUGCUGAGGGCUCCUGCUCAAGCAUUCAGCUUGCCUAUCCCAAAGGGGUAGCUUCUUUCUUCACAGCAACUUACCAAGCACUUUCACAAGGAGUCUCUUACCACCCUCUCACCAGUUCUAAAGAAUUAGUUGGGGGAUAGGCCUUAUUUUGCAAAGCUGAGAAAAGCAAAGCUCUCAGAAGUAUACACAGCUUGCUGGAGUCCUAGAGUUCAUGAGUAGAGAGGGCAGGACAAGCGUUUUAGUUGACUGGCUCCUCAUUUUGGUUCUCUCAUGUAUCGCUCGCUCUCACUCCCUCUCAUCAGAGCACCUCUUUUCGAAAGUAAACAGCUAUAUCAACAAAGCCCCCAUUGUGGCCAAGCAUUGGCCUAAUGGAGCACUGCCUCUGCAUCUGUACCCUCCACUUGACAACUGCCUGGCUUUGGGCCAGAAGUGCCCCUCAGGUGAUGAUUGCAGUAAUCUAGCUGGUCCUUCAUUGGACCAAGUCAAGGGACAGAUACCACAGAUUGGCCAUCCUCUUGUCCAUUCGACUUAGAUAAAAAUGUUUACUUGUUCCAAGUUACACAGUAUAGUGAUUUCCUCUAGAACUGUGUAAUAGAACACCCCUCUCCUUAAUUGCCAAGGAGCCAGAUUGCAUAUGAGCCCACCAUUUAAGUCAGAGAUGCAGCCCCUGGGGAGGGGUUUAUUUGACCCAGGAUUAAAAGAUAGCAUGCUUUGAUUGGAUAUUUUGUCUUUUCAAAUGGGCAAGUAGGGAGAGUUUUAAAAAUGGAAGUACCAAACAGCAUCAUGUAAAGCUAUGACCCCAGAUGGAAUAAUGUUACAUUAGCAAAUACAGAUAACUGGGCUUUGCCAUUGGCUAUGUGAUGCCUAUCUGCUCAGGAUUUGCUCAGUCAAGGAAAUUCAAGUGGUAAUACCUUCCCCGUUGCCCAUGGAAAAAGAAAUCACCUCUUCCAAAAUCUCUGAAGGGGAAAGAAGCAGAGAGAUGGGGGUUGGGUUAUCUUUUGGAACUGCAACUUCAAAACAUAUGUGGUGGAGAUAUUUGCACUUUGUAGGAAGGGCAAGAUUGUUUGCUUGUGGAAAGGAGGAUGGUCUUGCUGGAUGUUUGGUCUGUGAAAGAGUUACUUUUGAUAAACAAUCUAAUUGUAGUUAUUUUUUUUUCUGUGUGCUUUUUUUAAUUGCUAAGAAAAAUGGUGACUUCAACAGCUUUGAUAUUUUGAGUGCAAAUCAUAAUAAGUCCAAUGUGAAAAAGAAAUUAAAAGUGUAACCUGUCACUCAGUGUUAGAAAAUUGCCUAAAAUGUAGUUUAAUAAAUGAACUUUGUACCAAAUGGUAAUUUAAAUGGGGUAAUUUUCUGCAAAGAAAAUGUACUGUUUUUAUGGUUCCAACACUCUUGAAUUAAAAUAAAAACAACUUGUUUUCUAA